AUGGCCACCAUGGAUCCAACGGACGAUGAGAUCUCGCAGGUCAUUGACUUUGCGAAUCUCGAUCCUCACCAAGAUCGGACCUUGGUUAUCCAGGCCUUAAAGAAUUGCUCCAGGAAUGUAGAAGCUGUGGUGAUGGAAUAUUUCGACGACGCUGCUGCGUUUCGACAGAAAUAUAAUAACAAAUGGAACGAGGGUUUCUUCCAAGGAGACAGGGAAACUGUUGACAAUCGCACGGGCAUCUCAUUCCACCUGGAGUCCCUUGAACACAGUGAAAGCGUGCCUUCAGCCACGCCGCCGAGAGAAGCAUACGCAUCAGGCGCACCUUCACGGCCCCCGUCUAGAUCGAAUGACAAGUCACCGCUGGGGCGCAUUGUAGAAUGGCAAGCUGGUGAUAUCGGACCAGCACCGAAUUUCCAGGGCCCUGAGGAGGAUGAAAUGCAACGAGCCCUGAGGGAAUCCGCCCAGCAAGCUGGUAUAACCUUGGAGCACCACGACAGCACUGCGACACAAUCAACGCAACAGGAACCGUUCUUCGGACCCGCGACGCGAACCGAUUAUGACAAGGCUGACUGGUCCAUGGUUCCAGUAGGUACUAGCAAUACAUGGGCAGCCGCUGAGCACAAGGCAUCCGCAAGAAAACGUGCCGAGGGUGCCCCAGCCGUUCUUGUACAAGGGAAUGGUGUUCAUGGAAAUCAUGCGUUAGGCGGAUUACUGACAAUAUUGCACGAAAUCCCUUUAGCACGCAACACACUUUUGGAUUGCGGCUCACCUGCUGAAACGUAUGGAUUCGCUUCCGACUGGUGGAAUGGUCGUGAGAUUUUGCCAGCGGAAACUCCAUUGCAAAAUAGCGAGGCCGCCUGGCAGGAUAUGCCACAGAAAGCUGUUUUUGAGGAGGAACUUCAUCGAUUAAUGGCGUUUCUUGACUCUACGGAACGAAGCUAUGGCACUGUUAGCGUGCUACAUAGCCUUAUACCGUACGCUUCGUUCGACACAGAGAAGCAGUUUUAUGAAUAUUUGGACCAACGAAACUCGGAAAAGCUGGAUCCAUUAUUUCAGACGGCUUCGCCCGCUCACGUCCACAGCGACGAAAUUGAGGACGAAAUAGCCAGGUUUGGGCUUUUGGAAUUCGAUCUUCGGCGAGACGCGUACCACGACGUCACCACCUUGUACGAAGCGAUUGAUCAUCUUAUGUGGAAUGACGCGCUAUCGUGGGAUAACUUUGAUGACACAACCAAAAUGGCCGUUAUAACAAGCACAGGAGAUGUUAUGGCUAUCAAGAUUGGAGGAGACGGACCAGCGGAGAGCAUUGAAAUUCCAGCAAACUUCUAUCCAGAAAGAUGGCUGGCGAGUAGAAAGGACGAAGCAAGACGGAUUCAAGCUGCAUGUGUUUUGACUAAGCGUCAGAUGGCAGCAGUGGCGCUGAAGGGCAAGGCUGAGAAUCAAUGGCUUAACGACUGGGGCCAGCUUAAACAUACGAGACGAGACACCUUGGAGCAAGGUAUUGCUCAGUGGAACGUGUAUGGAGAAUACCUAGAAGGAGCUGGCCGCCUUGAGACUAUGCGGGCUUGUCAGUUUGACACGGACCGUUUUCCUGACUACCACGCUGCACCAGCAACAAUGAAUAUUGAUUGUACAGUCAAGCGCAAGAAGGUUGACGAAGUCUUGAAGGCUGCAGAGAAAUCAAUGUCUGAGCUUGACGAGCACAUUGAGCACUAUACGAAGCAAAUGGAGGCAUUGCAGGCCAAGCAGCGCUUCUUGGGGCAACUAUUGACGAACCCCAACAAGACUGGACGUGCGAAGCCAAUGACAUGCAAGCAAUACUCGUUGCGAGGUAUUGCUACUGAUGUCAAUGUUGUUUUUGUUUGCCAGCGCGCUGAAAUCGACCUUAUUGAUCUUGAAGGCGAAGGAUCAACUGGCGACCAGUGGUGGAAGCUCUCAUAUUCAGGCGACACUGUGGGAACAGUCAACGCUGAGAAACUAGAUAUACAACAGGUAUUGACGCAUGUUUGGAAGCUUACAAAGACACCGACUCUUAUUUACGCUACGGAAGCGGCCCUUUCGGCUACACCAAAGCCGCUCUCAGCGCCUCUGGACAGAUUUGCGCGGGCGGAUAACAAAGCAUUCCGCCAGGAAUUGAACCAAGAAGUCAUGAUGGAGACGGAGCAAGAGAUGGAAACAACGAGAGGCAUGAUGGUCGACCCGAUCUCGCCGUCAAAGCGCAAGCACCGCGAUGACAGUGCCGAUUCGUUAGACACAAACCGAGCAUCAAUAGGCACUGACGGUGUCAACGCUUUUGAGGAUCCAUUUGCAGACCAAACACAGGGCCCUGGAAUUGCAGCUGGCGAACUGCCCCCAAACUACUCGGAAGCACAGGGUCCAACGUUGGAUAGAACACCUGAGGAACCGUUGACGCCACCUCCAGCUCUACCACCUCGACCAGAUGGAUUCUUUGACGAACCACAUGCUGAGCAGAACGGGUCUGAACCGACUAGUAGCAGUGUACCAGCAGCACCUGAGAUGCAAGUCAGAGAAGGUGCUUCCAUAUUCAGCUCUCGACCGUCUCAGCCCGGCAUCGGGGGAAUUGCCGAGGCGACACUGGAUAUGGAUUUAAGCAAACCUUGA